UGGAAAUCAAAAGAGGAAGUAUCUUUGCACUGUGACUAAGACAGGGAGAGCAGGGCAUUUAGUAAAGAAAAGCUAUCAAGGCCACAAGGAUAAAGUGAAAAGCAACAAGAGGUGUGGCCUUGCUUUGCAGAGAGAUGGGAAGCAGCUCCGAAGACCCAUCUCACCACAAGCAAAAAGUAGAAAACAGAAAUCCUGUCGGCCCACCACCAUCUCAUGAGCAGAUGGGCUUUGAUAUGAUCUAUACCAUUGAAGAUGCUCCUCCAUGGUAUCUCUGCAUCCUACUGGGAUUUCAGCAUUACUUGACAUGCUUCAGUGGCACCAUCGCUGUUCCCUUCCUCCUGGCAGAAUCCCUGUGUGUAGGGAAGGACCAGUAUACCGUCAGCCAGCUCAUCGGCACCAUCUUCAGCUGUGUGGGGAUCACUACUCUCAUCCAAAGCACUGUGGGCAUCAGACUACCUCUGUUUCAAGCCAGCGCACUGGCAUUCUUGAUACCUGCCAAAUCUAUCCUGGCACUGGAUAAAUGGAAGUGUCCUCCAGAAGAGGAAAUCUAUGGCAACUGGUCAUUGCCCCUGAACACAUCUCAUAUAUGGCAACCAAGGAUGAGAGAAAUCCAAGGAGCAAUCAUCGUUUCCAGCCUGGUGGAAGUGCUAAUUGGGUUGGUGGGCCUGCCUGGGGCUCUGCUAAGCUACAUUGGGCCUCUCACAGUCACACCCACAGUCUCCUUAAUAGGCCUUUCUGUCUUCCAAGCAGCCGGGGACAGAGCUGGAUCACACUGGGGCAUUGCAGCCUUGUCAAUUGUGCUGAUCAUUUUGUUUGCUCAAUACCUGCGCAAUGUGUCUUUUCUUUUACCUGGCUACAAAUGUGGGAAAGGAUGCACAGUUUUCCGGAUACAGAUCUUCAAGAUGUUUCCAAUCAUAUUGGCCAUUCUGGUGGUCUGGCUGCUGUGUUACAUUCUGACAGUCACAGAUGUGUUUCCGCGAGAUGCAAAUGCCUAUGGAUUCAAAGCCAGGACAGAUGCUCGAGGUGAAAUCAUAUCUAUCGCACCAUGGUUCCGUUUUCCCUACCCGUGCCAGUGGGGAAUCCCCACAGUAACAGCGGCUGCCGUGCUGGGAAUGUUCAGCGCCACCUUGUCUGGGAUCAUUGAGUCCAUUGGGGAUUACUAUUCAUGUGCCAGGCUUGCAGGGGCUCCUCCGCCCCCUGUCCAUGCCAUCAACAGGGGCAUUUUUACCGAGGGGAUCUCUUGUAUUAUUGCCGGAUUGCUGGGCACUGGCAAUGGCUCUACUUCCUCAAGUCCUAACAUUGGAGUCUUGGGCAUCACCAAGGUGGGCAGCAGGAAAGUGGUGCAAUACGGUGCCGGGAUCAUGCUUAUCUUGGGAACCAUUGGCAAAUUUACAGCUCUGUUUGCUUCUCUCCCUGACCCUAUUCUUGGAGGGAUGUUCUGCACAUUGUUUGGCAUGAUCACAGCAGUGGGGCUUUCCAACCUACAGUUUGUUGACAUGAACUCCUCCCGCAACCUGUUUGUCCUGGGCUUUGCUAUGUUUUUUGGACUCACUCUUCCAAACUACUUAGAUUCACAUCCAGAUGCUAUUGACACAGGAAUUGGUGAAGUGGACCAAAUAUUAAAAGUGCUGUUAACCACAGAAAUGUUUGUUGGAGGAGGCAUAGCAUUCAUAUUGGACAAUACUGUCCCAGGGACUGAAAAAGAACGUGGACUCAUACAGUGGAAGGCUGGGGCACACGCAAACAGUGACACGUCUGCCAAACUGAAGAGCUACGACUUUCCUUUUGGGAUGAAUGUGAUCAGAAGGACCUGGUGGUUGAAAUAUGUGCCGGUGUGCCCAGGUUUUAUGGGGUUUAAUUUCAAGGCAAGGAGGGAUCUUGAUAUAUCCGAACACAUACCCACUGUGACCACUAUCCCAGCUGUAUGCACAAAAGUUUGAAGAGAAUCCCACGGAGCAUCAUGGAAAAAGGUUGGAGAGCUGUGGCUAUUUGCAGCCGACUGUGUGAGGUUCCAGUGUAUUUAAGUCACAUCCAAGCAGAGUUGCAUCAAACAAAGGCGGUCCAGUGAUUGAAUUCUGCAGCAGACCAAUCUGGUUGAAGUUUUAUUUUCCAUAUUUUUUCUCCAUUAGAAACAAGUAGAGACAUUUUCACCCACACCCUACUUAAAAUUGCACCAAUGCGGGGACAUCCAUGUUUACAGGCAAUAUUCCCAUUUUGGAUGUAGCAAGAGGUAUAGGUAGCAAGAGGUAUAGCAAGAGCUAUGGGUUACUAUUUGAAGUCCAUCAGUAAAAAUUAUGCAGUUGUCUAGCACUUACUUGCUUUUACCCUGAUUUUACACCCUUUACUUUGUGAAUAACUCACACUUCGGUAAUUAGAACACUUUAUUAGAAAUAUGUAUCAGAUGGAAGAUAUACUUCUGAUGCACUUCUAAGCUUUUAUUUACAAAUAUAAGGAGUAGAGAUUCCUUAGGGCACUAUCUUAUAAUUUUGAUACAUCUGUAUGUGAAGCACUGUCGACACUUGCAGUUAACAAUUGAAAGUUAAUAAAACAUGUCCCUAAACGGUAGUGCUCUGAAUGCAUUUUCCUUCAUGUCCCAAGAUUUUAGCCUUUUUUCAGAGCAAAUUCUUUGUUCCUUGAUAACACAAAUAUUUAUCUUGCUAGAUAAGGAAUUCUCGGGCUUUGGGGAUAGUUAAUAUAGAUCAAUCUAAUCAAUGCUAUUGGAUGUUACAUCAGUAUUAAAACGUUUUUUGUUAUUCA